AUGUCCGAUACCAGGGCUGCUCGGCUUGCCGCUCAGAGAUCCUCUCCACCACCCGCUAAUUACAUACCUGUAGCUCAAUCCCCCGAGCAGGUUGAUCCAUUAUUAGAGGCUCCUCGGAGUGCCGACUACCUACCAGAAGUGCCUGCCACGCAUGUUGAAAAACAAGACAAUGUCCUUGCCUACCUUGCGACGAAAGAGUUCUACAUUACCCUUUUUCUUGGUACCAAGGUGUGGUUGAUGGUUAACUUGUCACACAGACAGGUUCUGGCUAUCGCCAACACUGCCUGCAGCACCUUUAGUACACUACUAGUCAGCGAGGGAACCUCAAUUCCAGCUUUUCAGACAUUCUUCAACUACUUUUUGCUCAACGCUAUCUUUACCCCAUAUACCAUAUACCGUUAUGGUCUGAAUGGCUGGAUACGAGUGGUGCUCCAGCACGGUUGGAAAUAUAUCUUUUUGGCCUUCUGCGACGUGGAAGGUAACUAUUUCAUUGUGCUGGCCUAUCGCUAUACGACUAUGCUGAGUGCCCAGCUGAUAAAUUUCUGGGCUAUUGCGGUUGUGGUCAUCGUAUCCUUCACGAUCUUGCGCGUGCGUUAUCAUAUCACCCAGGUGCUAGGUAUCCUGAUCUGUAUUGGCGGCAUGGGCGUCCUGAUUGCUUCGGACCGCAUCACUGGUGCCGAUGAAGGGGGUUAUUCGCGCGGGGACCUGAUCAAGGGCGACCUCUUCGCGCUCCUAGGUGCGACAUUCUACGGACUUGCCAACACGGGUGAGGAGUUUUUCGUCAGUACGGCACCGGUAUAUGAAGUCCUGGGUCAAAUGGCCAUGUACGGCAUGGUCAUAAAUGGCAUCCAGGCCGGCAUUUUCGACCGCAGCUCGUUCCAAAAUGCGACCUGGAACAGCCAGGUUGGUAUCUACUUGACAGGAUAUACGCUGUGUCUGGCUUCUUUCUAUUGUAUGGUACCGCUGCUGUUCCGGCUGUCAUCGGCGGCAUUUUUCAACAUCUCGAUGCUGACGAUGAACUUCUGGGGUGUCCUCAUCGGGGUGGGGGUGUUUCACUACACAAUCCACUGGAUGUACCCGAUUGCUUUCGGCCUCAUUAUCCUCGGGCAGCUCAUAUACUACUUGGGGCGGCGCGUGCUGGGAGAGGCGCGCAAACCCUGGUUGGGACGGAAUCAGGAACGUGGCGUGUCGGGACUGUUUACAGCACGAAGAAAGAUCGAGGCUGCUGCUGAGCGGAGUCGUAGCGACUCCAUAUCUACAACUUGUUCUGAGCGAGACCCUAUGCUACCUGCCAGUGUGACAGACCUUUAG